UAUUCUCUUCUAGUGUCCGUGACGCGCUACUGCAAUUCGUUUUGGAAAGAACGGGAUGGAGGGAAUAGCUUCUGAGGCAGUUUACUGCGAUCGGAUUCAUUUCGUCAAAGCUUGAAAUGAUUUAGAUUUUAAAUUAGAGGAGCAGAAUUAUCCCCAUUUAUCCUAUAUGGCCAGGUGGAUUUUUCCGGAUUGUUAUUUUCGACCGUAAAAGGGAGGAGGAGGAGGAGGAGGAGGAGGGGAGCGGCGUGUGAUGGGCAAAGGGUGGGCGAGGGUCCCCUCAGCAUCCAGGGGACGGGAGGAGGGAAAUGCGAACAGCGGGCCCAGCGGAGCGGAAAUUGCGGCGAUGAUAAAGCGUCAGUGGGGCGGAGGAUGAGGAUGCCCGCCAAGAUCUUCCUGGCCCUCAUCGCCGUCACUCUGGGGAGUCUGCUGAUGCACUACGGCGGCCGCUGGAGAUGGACCGGCGAGCGCGUUCCCUCCGACGACAGCGCCCCGUGCUCCCAUCCAGCCGGAGGCGGGAAGGCCAAGCGCACCAACGUGACCUUCCUGAAGACCCACAAGACGGCCGGCAGCACCGUGCAGAACAUUCUGUUCCGCUUCGCCGAGCGCAACGGCCUGACGGUGGCGCUGCCCAAGCAGCAAUGCGGCCAUCAUUUCUGCUACCCCAACCCCUUCAGCGCGAACUUCGUACACCCGCACACGCUGCCGCCGAACAUCGUCGGCAACCACCUGCGCUUCAACGCCGGCGAGCUGCACCGCGUGGUGCCGGCCGACGCGCGCUACGUCACCAUCCUGAGGGAGCCCGCCGCCAUGUUUGAGUCCUUGUUCACGUACUACAGCCAGCACUGUCAGACCUUCAGGAGAGUGCCCGGGGGCUCGCUGGGUGCCUUCCUGGAGCAGCCCCUGCGCUACUAUCGGCCGCAAGACAAGAACUCCAACUACGCCCGCAACACGCUGACUCACGACCUGGGCGGUGACAAGGACCGCCCCGCCGCGGAUGCGGCCUACGCCCGGGCCUUUACGGCCCAAGUGGAGCGGGUCUUCUCCUUGGUGAUGAUCGCGGAGCAUUUUGACGAGUCGCUGGUUCUCCUGCGUCGCCUCCUCUCCUGGGAUGCGGACGACCUGGUCUACGUCAAGCUCAACAUGCGCACGCCCGCCUCCAAGCGCCGCCUGACCCCGGACCUCGCCGGGAAAGUCCGCGCCUGGAAUUGGAUCGACGCGCACCUGUACGAUCACUUCAACGGCUCGCUGUGGCGCCAGUUGGCGGCCCUGGGUUCGGCCUGCGUCGCCCGGGAGCUCCGCCUCCUGCGGGCCGCCCAGGAGAGGCUGCUGCAGAGCUGCUUCGGCGGACGCCGUCCUCUUCGCAGCUCGGCGGGGAAGAUCCGCAACAAGGACCUACGGCCCUGGCAGCCCAGCGCCCAGGUCGGGAUCUUGGGCUACGACCUCCCCCGCAACCUGAGCCGCCCGUCCUCCAGCCGGGAACUCUGCCUCAAGGUCGUCAUGCCCGAGAUCCAGUACACGAAGAUCCUGCUGCACUCCCAAUCCGCCCGCUACCGCCACAACCACCGGCACUGACUCCCAACGGCAAACCCUGCUGCGAUACAACCCGGCUCCCUUGCGGGGUUCUCAAACUUGUGGGGACUUUCGGCUGCGCCAAACAGACCUGACGCGUCCCACCGUGAAAACCAACCGGCAACUUUCCCCCUCCCUCCCCAACCUGAAUUCAUUUCACCUGCUACACCAACACCCUCUCGAGGUCUGAGUGCCCUCUCGCAGUUGGAUGGACAAGGAGACUGGCAGUGUCACGACUCCAGCGAAGGGAGCCAAGCAUCUGUCGCCUGUGCAGUUGCCAUGACAACUUUGUAUGUUUGUGUGACUGUGGGU